CAUCACCAUGCGCGAACCUCGUGCAAGAGCAAACGCAACGAUCGGCGCUAUGCAACCCUGAAGCCGCACAGGCGUGGCGUCUCAUCGACUACCCCUCGUCACCUAGGCCUUCCGUCUCUCACGGGAUCUUGGCUGAGCGUUGCAAUCAAAGUCGAGGCACACUUGUCUGCAACGCUGUGACACUGGCCACGAUCAGCAAGAUGAGUGCAAGCGCUCCGAAGUUUGCAAGCUUCCGGCCCAAGUCCAAAGCCCCUGAACAGCCACCGCCGGAGGAUCUUCGGCGGGAAGAGAAAGAACAGGGGCAACGAAAACCAUCGAGAGAGAAGAAUCGUGAUGAGAGGAAUCGCGAUGAGAGGAAUCGUGAUGGGAGGAAUCGUGAUGAGAGGAAAUCGCCGCUACGCGAGAAGCGAGAACGCGCCAGAGAUGAGCCCUCCAAGAAGGCCUACUUUAGCGACCGUCGAGGGGAUCUCGACAUUGUCAGGUAUGGGACAUUGAACCGGUACGACAUCCCUGGUUAUCGGCGCUGCGGCUAUGGUAACGUUCUCGGACUGCCAGAUCAGAAGAUUGAUCGCGAAUACUCGACUGAAACGAAAAUCUACAUGACACCACUCGUGCGUCGGCGACAGAAGCGAAUGCUUACAGACAAGCACGCUGCGAGAGAGGGCAAACGUGUGCUGCGGCUUGUCAAAGCUGCAGAAGACCACCGGAACGAUGCGACUCGUGACUACAUUGCACUCUCCAGCACUGGCAAACGAAAGCGAGGUUCUGGCAACGACAGCGGGGAAGACGAUGAUGUUGCACCGGCCCCGGACUAUCGAGGUAUUGAGGACAAGCGUAACCCCGGCAGAGCUGAUGACCCGGAUACCUGCUAUGAGUCGGGAACGGAGGCUGCAGCUGCAAAUUCUGAAGUCACGCAGAAGAACUCCAGGCUGAUUCGCGAGACUCGUGACGAUCCAAAAAACCUUCAGGCAUGGAUGAACCUCAUCGAGCACCAGGAACCGAUGAUGAAGCUGGACUGGGCGACCACUGACUUGUCGGCGGCUAGUAGGCUGAACUUAGCUGAUGUGCGAAUCUCAACAUACGAAGAAGCUCUGCGCAAGGUCGUUGACGACGAGGCGAGUCAGAUCGAACUCCACAUUGGCCUUUUGCGAGAGGUGCAGCGGCACUGGGACGAUGCGAAAGCGGCAACAAAGUGGCAAGACGCGCUCAAGAAACACCCUCAUAGUGUAAAGCUCUGGCUCGGAUAUCUCGACUUUGUCCAAUCGACGUUUUCGAGGUUCAAGUACGAAGACUGUCGCGCUCUUUUCUCUCAAGCUCAGGAUGCGCUACGGUCAAGUAGAUCUACAGAGGAUACAGUCACCCCAGAAGCUAGAUUGCAUCUGUUCGUCCGUCUGACCACGAUGAUCCAAGAAGCUGGUUACCAAGAACUCGCGCUAGCGACGUGGCAAGCUGUUCUCGAGUUCAGUCUACUAGCGCCACAUGACCUUACCGGCGACAAAGUGCAGCAGUUCGAAGAGUUCUGGGAGAGUGAGGUCCCUCGCAUUGGCGAGCCAGACAGCAAAGGCUGGCGGCAUACAUCGAUCGAAGAGGCGAUGCCGCCGCCAAGCUCCAUCACCUUGGAGACAUCUCGAUCCCCAAAAUCGUCACUCGAUGAGUUUCGAAGACACGAGAUCGAGUCCGUGAACAAGCUUCGCUACCCCGGCCGCUCCACAGAUGAUGUUGGCGAAGACGAUCCCUUCCACACAAUCUUCUUUUCAGAUCUCAAGGACUACGUCACGAACUUGCCUUUGGUCUCGCGUGAAAUGCAGAUAGAUGCAUUCUUGUGCUUCUGCGGACUUCCUCGUCUGGCCAGGACGAACCCGGGUUGUUCUUGGUGGGCUGAUCCAUUUUCGCAGAGCAGAACAUCUCACUUCCAGUCUGCGACCAAGACAGGGUCGGAAAAUCUUUCAUACCAAGAAGCGCUCUCGCGGUACUCCCAGAGCCCAUUCGCCCAUUUUCAAAUGACAAGCGACCUUCUGGUACAGCAGACAUUCUCACUCGACCCCUCCAUGCUCAGUCCGGACUUCGCCAGAAAUGCCCUGAAGUUAUUGGCCAUGAAUACUCCAGAAGGCGAGCUUGUUGGCGAGUACCUUCUAGCUUUUGAGUACAGGUACUUUCCCUCGGAGGUAGCCAAAAGCGCAAAGCGGCUGCUCAAGGAUCGACCUUCAAGCCUCCGGCUCUAUAACAUGUAUGGGCUGAUCGAAGGUCACUUGGGCAAUCCCGGAAAGGCCGAUCAUGUCUUUCACGCCGCACUCAACAUACAGUCCACCUCAGCGGAUCGUCUGGAACUCUUGAGCAGCCACAUCUGGCAGGCUUUGAUCAAAGACGAUAAGGUCGAGGCAUGCUGGCGACUCGUACAGAGCCAAAGCAGAUCGACAGCCUCGCGGAUGUCGAGGCCUGAUUCUGUCUGCAUCCAGACGACCCGGACUGCGUUACAGGUCUCUCUUGAGAACGCGCUUCUCAACAAGGACUACCUAUCCGCAGUUCUGAACACAACCUUUCUUGCGCUCCUCGCCUACCUGUCCAGCGACUGCGAUGCGUCUGCUGCGCUGAGUAUGCACAGCAACCUAACUGCCUGGUUUGCCUCCCACAAGCUCGCAUCGUCAGUACACGCGGAAAUCCACGCGCAAGCCAUAGCACGCUUGCUCGCUUACCACGUCACUCACACUUCCAUCGUAAAGCCAGCCUUGCUCCGCACGGCACUUGAACCUCUCAUUGCCACUUUCCCCAACAACACGAUCCUGCUAUCCACCUACGCUGCCAACGAAGCACGCUUCUCCAUCGACGACCGUGUACGUGGCAACAUGCGCCGCGUUCUACACACCUCGCCUACUGCCAGCGUCGUUACCUGGGCUUUCGCAAUUCAUCACGAGAUCUUGAAGGGCGAGAUUGCAGGCUCGACAUCACACUCAAUACGUGCGCUGUACAAGCGCGCCACGAACCUCGAUGCGUCUGGUGCACAUUGUCCCGCGCUAUGGAACAUGUAUCUACAGUUCGAGCUCGAGCAACUGUGCAAAGAGCAGAACUUACGGCCGAACAAGCGACCGCGCAGAGAUGGCAAGAAGGGUAAGUGGGAGAACAGGAUCGAUGAGGCGGAAGACAAGGUCAAAGAGACGUUUUACCAAGGCUUGAAGAUGUUACCGUGGGUUAAGGACUUCGUCAUGUUGGCCUUUACGGCAGCGAAAGAUGUGUUCGGUGACGAGGAGCUUUGGAGGCUCUACAGGGUGAUGAUGGAGAAGGAAUUGAGAGUCUACACCGAGAUGGACGAAUCGGAGACUUGAGGCUCAACAUGUCAUUUUGCACGAUACUGUCAUCCUGUGAAGGCCACCACAGCGCCAACAUCGCGACAAGAUCGACACAACAUCACCACCCCAGUCCUUCGACACAUCCCAAUGUUCACAAUCAAUCCGAACCACCGCCCGACAUACA